GCCAUAUCCAAAACACAACAAUGUACGGUAUUCAGAGGGCGUGUCUCCAAAAUGUGUAUAAUUAACAUCCUCGGACUCUUGAGUCAGACACACACCUGCUGGGACUCAAACAGGUAUUUGACUGCUGCUGUACUUCCUGUUUGAGGCAGAAGUGCUUCACAAAAAGAUAAAAACAACAUAAUGUCAUGCAUCACGUCAACAGACUCUGUGGCCUCGGACCGCAGCGAUGAAACCUCUGACGAUGGUCCUGACGAGGUGUCAGAAGUGGAAUGUAUCAUAAACCCAAAAAUUCAAAAGGUUUCACAAUAUGUGAUAGAAAACCCAGAGUCCACCAACACGCAGCUGUUCUCUAUGUUGGCGUUGCUGAGCGCGUAUGUUCCUGGGUCCUACCUCCUGGAGUCUGAGUGCCAGCAGAUCCUCGGACCACCGGAUCCCAUCCAUGGAGGCCCCCCCUUUGAGGAGAGGAUGAAGCCUUUCAUCGACUUCAUCAGCAAAUCUGGACCCAAGUGUAAGAUUCACCAAAAACUGGCACCGGAAUGUGUAGUGCUACUAAACGAUUUGGGGAUUUCCAGGAGUGCUACAGCGAGGAACCUGAUGUCGUCUCUUUGUGGAGAUCAGAUUGAACCACAUUUAAUCCGGUUCAUCAAAGAUUUGCUGACAAAGAGAGAAAUGGGAGAGAAGGUUAAAGAUAAGUUCUCAAGGUUGAUUGAAGAUAUAAAGAAGCAUGAGGGUUUUUACAAAGCUCUAUCUGUCUUGAGAACUGCAUCAGAUAAAUUCGGACUCAGCCCAGUUUUCCCUCAAGUCGUUGCCCGUCUCAAUUACAUUGCAAGAAAUCCACCUCACUAUGGAUAUGCUAUAAAAUGGGCAAACAAAGCCAUUGAAAGAGAUCCACUCAACUCCUAUUUUGCCGACACUCUCGGGCAGAUUCAUAAGCAUCGUUUGUUGAAGACAGAGGGAUUUGAGAAUAUCAUGAACAUCGCAGACAAAGCCUUCGAAGCGUUUAAAGAUGUGGAGAGGAAAGCGGAGGAAGAAGAGAGCUCAAAAACAGCCACAGCAGAUACUGGCAGCACUUCAGAUACUUUCAACAACAGAGGCCUUUUCGGUUUCCUUCAAGUGGCAAAGAUCACGUUUGAGAAGCUCAGUCAACAGCAACGCAAGAGUUUGAUCCAAAACAAGAAGAUGGAAGUUGAAGCUAAGUUUGAGUUUUUUGAGUGGUACCUAGGCUUUUCCAGGCCCGACAUGAAAACGUUAGAGCCACCUUUCUUCUGGAAGGAUGUUGCAUAUUGCUACAAACACUACACAACAAUACCAGCAGCUGAAUCCACCAGCUUCCCAGGCCUUCUGGUCUGUCUCGAUCAUGGCCUUUUCACGUCAAAGGAAAGACGUGCUGAGUUUCUGGAGGCUGAGAAAACCGUGUCUGAUUUAGAGGAAAUCCGAGGUGUUUUGAAAACCACCUACGAGGAAAAUGUUGACGAUGUCAAAGUGGCAGAGAGGUACAUCCUCUCCAACAUCGUCCUGAGCAACAAGAUGCCUGAUUCUCCUCAACUCACGUCGGUGAGAGAACUGAAAACUAUAAUUCAGAGAUUCUUGGGCAUAGAAAGGAGCCACAGAAGCCCUGGGUUCUACCUCUUGGUUCUGCUGUUGUUGUGGCCUGAGGAGAAGCCUCCUGCGCUGCAGGGCGAUGCUACACAACUGCCUCUUGACCUCAUGUUCGACUGUGACCUGCAGCAGUAUGUCACAUUGAUGAAGAAAGCGUUUGAGCGAGCUAAAUAUGCCAAGUACCUUCGUGGCCGUCACCUUUUGCCUCUGUUUUUUCUGGGAAAGGGUUCUGGACUGAGCAAAUGGGUUCACAAGUCAAGGCUGGAUGCAGUUGUGGAAGAAAAGGUGGAUGUCGAGCUGGCUGGUGAACAAGAAGACAUAAAUACAAAGAAAUCUGUCCGGAUUGCUGACAUGUGGAUCAAAGGUGAAGUGUGGCAGUUACCAGAAAUCCAAGAAAUCCUUCUCCCGGUCGAGUGCCAAUCUCCCGUGAGGCUACAGGAGCAGGAAGAACAGGAAGUGUGCAUUUGUCCUGGAGAGAAUAAAAUACUGGAUGCUGCAGUGUUGAGGCCCCCGCUUUUCUAUCUUGGCUUCACCAUUCAGGGCCCUGUCGUCUUCCCAGUGGGACGUCCUCAAGUUACAGUGACUAGUGAGGAAAACUCACUGGCUGGACACCAAGGCCAUGAGGCAACAGUAGAUAUCUGAGUUUGCACGACAGACGGACAGAUCGACAGACGGACAGAUCGACAGACGGACAGAUCAACAGACAGACGCACCGACAGACAAACAGAAAGACCGACCGACCACCAUUGUUAUCCUUUGAGCCAUGUCACUUAAAAUUAUUGCUUUUUGAAGAGAGAAAAAUUUGGAAUCACAAAAAAUAGGUCAAAGUUUACCAAAAACACCCAAACUAUGGAUUUUUUCGACGUAUUUUUUAAUGCAAUAUAUGACUCCUUAUUGUGAAUUAUCAGUUGUUGUGACGGUGGAUGGUUUUGAGUUCUGAUGUGUGGAUAUUAUAAAAUCCAGUUGAAGAAUGCCAGUGGUGACAGUUUUUAUGUUAUUUCUUGUUGUUAUAAUUAUUUGAAUGUGCAUAUCUACCUUAAAUCAUUCAAUAUGUUCAAAGAAAAUGUAAUGUAUGCAUUUUGGCAAAACAUGAAAACUUUCAAUGGGAUAAUUUGCUUUCAAAUAAAGUUGAUGUCAAAUCAAA